AUGCCGCCCACAACAUCACCCGCCGUCGUCAAGGCGUCUCCGCUCAUCAACGAGGGUGGUCUCGUCCACCGCUCUAGAGCUCGUGGUCUCCUCAACGCCGACAACCUCCCCGCGCUCCAGAACCUACUCAAGCGUCAACCCGAAGCCUACGUCGAAGAGUUCUCCGCUCAAUGGAAUCACUAUCAGUCCCUCCGAAGCAUCUUUGCGUCCGAUCUUGACGCAGGCACCCUCGGCGUCGGGACUACCGGUGUUCGGAUCAACAAGGACCAGGCGAGCAAGUUCGUCUCGCUCAUCUCGUUUGUCACACAGCUGGCGCCGUCGUAUCCCGAGAUCACGCGCGAGCUGCCCACCCAUCUGUCGGACCUGCUUCUCAACCAUCAUGCCGCGUUGAGUCCGGAUAUCAGGGCGAGCUGUUUGCGCAGCUUGAUUUUGUUGAGGAACAGAGAUGUGAUCACUUCCGAGGAGCUGCUGCAGACGCUGUUCCCUCUGCUCAGCGUCACCACUUCUGCUGCGGUGCGAACAUCAGUGCAAGCGACAAUCCUGCAGGACAUCAAGAACGCCAAUGCUAAGUCGAAGAACCACCGUCUCAACCGCGUCGUUCAGGGGCUGCUCUUCGGCAUCGUGCAAAAGGGCAUCGACGCCUCUGCUGGCGGUUCGUCGCUGCCACCACCCCGCAAGGGUCAGUCCGCAGGCAAGACUGAGGCGCUUUGGGCCGUCCGACUCGCCGCCAACCUGUGGAAGAAGCAGAUCUGGACCGACUCCAAAACCGUGUCUCUCCUGUCGCUUGCGUGUUUCCACCCGCACCCGCGUGUUCAGUCCUCCGCCGUCCGCUUCUUCCUCGGCGACCUGCACUCUGCCGAAGACGACAACGAGGCCUCUGGCUCGGACGACGAGGGGCCGGACGUUGACGCUCUCCUCCACGCCCGCAAGGUGAACAAGAAGACCCGCUCGGGCGACAAGAAGAUGCGUGCUGCCGCCGCACUCUCCAAGAAGAAGCGCAAGGCGAAACAAGAGAACGCUCUCAACGGUCCCACGCACGACAACUCGAACUUUGCCGCGCUGUACCUGCUCAACGACCCGCAGAAUUUUGGCGAGAAGCUCUUUGACAAUCUCUCUCGCGGAGACCGCGAGAAGCGUCACAGCCUCGAAAUCAAGAUCAGGCUCAUGCAGCUGCUCAGCCGUGUCAUGGGCGCACACAAACUCUGCGUACUCAGCUUUUACUCCUACGUCGUCAAGUAUCUCGCCCCGCACCAACAGCACAUUACGCAUAUCCUCGUGAGCCUUGCACAGAGCGUGCACGAUCAGACGCCGCCCGAUGUCGUCACUCCCGUCGUGCGCAGGUUGUCGGACUCCUUCGUCCACCCAGGUGUCAGCAGCGAGGUCGUCGCUGCGGGCAUCAACAGUGUGCGAGAGAUCUGCAGAAGACAGCCGUGGGCGAUGGAGGAGACGCUCUUGGAGGAUCUGAUCAGCUACAGGCGCAGCAAGGACAAGGGUGUCUGCGCGGCAGCGAGAGGUCUGCUGGCGCUGUAUAGGGAGGUGAACCCAGCGAUGCUGAAGAAGAAGGAGCGAGGCAAGAUGGGUGCGUUGGCGGUGCAGGAAGGUCGCUCUGCUGUGGCGUUCGGUGUCGAUCAGGACGAAGUGAGGGGUAUUCAGGGCAUCGACCUGCUUGAAAAGCACUUGCAGGAGCAGGAGGAGCGCAAGGGCGGCGGUGACGAGGACGAGGAGGUUGGCGAGGACAAGGGAUGGGAGGGAUGGGAGGAGGAAUCUGAGGAAGGCUCAGAGGACGAGUCCGAAGAUGGAUGGAUCAACGUCUCGGAUGACGACGAAGAUGGCAUUCUCCGCCUGUCCGACUCGGACGAAGACGACGACGAUGAGACGCGCAAGCAGAAGCGAACAGUCAAGGAGCGUCUCAUCGCCGCGCGCGAGCAACGUCAGAAGAAGCGGGCUAAGCAGCAACGCCACGAUGACCGACAGGCUCGUCGUGACGCUGGAGAAGAGGUCGCCACCUCGGACUCCGAAUCCGACUCCGAAGCUGAGCACGACGACGACGGCGAGGAAGGCACCUCAUCCAGUCUCAAGCAGCAGCUCGCCGACGAGGAGGACCACAUCUCCACGCUUGCCACGACGAAGAUCCUGACCCCCGCAGACUUUGCCAAGCUGACAGAGCUGCGGAUUGCCGCUGCGGAGGCCGCGAUUGCGACCGGCGGUCUCGCAGGCAGCCGAGCCAAGCGUCAAUUGGAAGAGCUCAAAUCGCUCAAGCGCACCACCGCCGCCAACCCGGCCUUCCUGGAUGAAGGUGACAUCUUGGGUCCACGCAAGAAGGCCAAAGCAACCUACGAGGAUCGUCUUGCCUCCAUCGCCUCUGGUCGCGAGGACCGCGAGAAGUACGGAUCCAAGAAGGGCAAAAAGAACAAGGAGAAGGAGAGCUCCAGUACGAAUCGCGAGAAGGAGAGGGGCAAGAACUUCCAGAUGAUUGCGAGGAGUUGGAGCGUGAGGAGCAAGAAGAACGCCUCCCUGCGCGAGAAGAGCAGGAGGCUGAGGAAGCACGUUGAGACGAGCAAGAAGCGGAUGAAGUGA